CAUGUAAUUCUAUUACGGGGAAGUAUCAAUUAUACAAGUUUUCCAAUACUGCCUAAAGAAGAGUUUUGCGGAAGCUAUAUUAUAACAGGGAAGAAGUUCUUCAUUUUGCCAUAGAAAAGGAUUAGUUAUUUUCUGGCAUUUGUUUCGAUUUUGAAUAUGAAGAAAGUGCCGCAAUUGUAGAGUGACAAUCGUCAUUUGUAUUGAUCAUUUUAAAGGUUAUUAUGGAAUCUCAGAGGGAUUCAGAGGGUUACGAGCGCCCCCUAUCGUGUGUCAAGUGUGACAAACACGUACAAUUCGUGUGUGAGCCAUGUGAUAGCAGUUUCUGUAACAAGUGUGUAGGAGAACAUGUAUCUAACAGGGAGAGUGGAAGUCAUGACGUCACAUUUCACAAAAUGUACCGGGAAAAAGUAAUAAAGAAAAAUAAAAGAAAAGAAAGCGUGCCAGUUAUAAAGUGUGUUGUGGAUGGUUGGCAAAUGAGCGGAAAAACAAGCAUGAUCCAAGCGUACAUCGACGGCAAAUGCCCAAAGUUUGAGAGCAUCCAUCCCACAGUCCACGAGAUCCACACCGUGGAUAUACGACACCAGGGUAGAGAAGUCUGCAUUCAUUUAUACGACAUUCCAACCUGUGAAUUCUAUGAUGGACUCCGAAGAGUUAUCCUACAGGAAGUGACUUAUGACGUCAUCCUCCUUUGCAUUCCCAUUGAUUUCGUGAAUUUGGAGAGAGAAUCAAAAAUUCUUUUGAAGAAUUUUAACAGAUGUCUUCCUGACCCCCCUCCAGUCAUUGUUAUCGCCACAAAAAUAGACCUCCGCGAAAAAGGAGAACUGAAGCGGAAAUUGCUGACGUCAGAGGAACUCCGCCACUUCGCUCGAACUAUAAAUGCAGUCGGUUAUUUUGAGUGUUCUGCAGUUCAAAACGAGAGUUUCGAAGAUAUUCUUCAAGAAAUAGCAACAAUCUAUUUUACGCCAGGCAAGCUGACAAGGGACAGGCGACUCUAUAGACAACAUGAACACUGUCUAAUUAUGUAGGGGACUUCAUAAACACUGUCAAUGCAUAGGACUUCAAGGGCACCUGCUAUAUAUAACGUGUAUUGUUCCUCUUUCUUCAGUCACAAUUUUAUUUGUAUG